ACCCGUGAACAAAUCGUUCGCUCGAUCUCGCUCUGUCGAUCGAGUCCGGUCGUGGAAGCCAUUUUAUUCUUGUGAAUGUGACGAAAAUUUUUACGGAUUUAUCGUAUCAAAAGUUACAGUGUCAAUGUGUGACCGCGUCGAGUGUCGUUUGUGACGUGUGAUCGUGAUCUAAAACUAAGAAAUGUAUGUGUUUGAGAUCGGUUUGUGUUGACCUGCCCCGUUUCUCGGUCGGGCAGCAGGCAUCGAUUAGUGCAACAAGGCGGCCUGUAAUAACGGCAAAUCGAGGCUGUGGACUAGUUUGUGGUGUGAGCCAUGGGCAACAAUGCUGCCACCGCCAACAAAAAGGUGGACGCCGCCGAAAGCGUCAAGGAGUUCCUCGAUCAGGCCAAGGAGGACUUCGAGGAGAAAUGGAAGAAGAAUCCUACCAACACCGCCGGAUUGAACGAUUUCGAAAGAAUAAAGACCCUCGGCACGGGCUCGUUCGGCCGAGUCAUGAUAGUCCAACACAAACCGACAAAAGAAUAUUAUGCUAUGAAAAUAUUAGAUAAGCAGAAAGUGGUAAAACUCAAACAAGUAGAGCAUACAUUAAACGAGAAAAGAAUCCUUCAAGCUAUCAAUUUUCCCUUUUUGGUGAGCCUCAAGUUCCACUUUAAAGAUAACUCGAACCUGUACAUGGUGCUGGAGUAUGUUCCUGGUGGAGAAAUGUUUUCCCACUUACGCAAGGUGGGCCGUUUCUCGGAGCCGCAUUCGCGGUUCUAUGCGGCACAAAUUGUGCUCGCCUUCGAGUAUCUGCAUUACCUGGACCUCAUUUACCGGGACCUGAAACCUGAAAACCUACUCAUAGACUCGCAGGGCUACCUCAAAGUUACCGAUUUUGGAUUCGCGAAGCGUGUCAAGGGCCGUACGUGGACGCUGUGCGGUACGCCCGAGUACCUCGCACCCGAAAUUAUCCUUUCCAAAGGUUACAACAAGGCUGUCGAUUGGUGGGCGCUAGGAGUUCUUGUGUACGAAAUGGCUGCUGGAUAUCCACCGUUCUUCGCAGAUCAGCCCAUCCAGAUCUAUGAGAAAAUCGUGUCGGGCAAAGUCCGGUUCCCGUCUCAUUUUGGUUCGGAUCUAAAGGACCUUCUACGUAAUUUGCUGCAAGUCGAUUUGACAAAGCGUUACGGAAACCUGAAGGCGGGUGUAAACGACAUUAAAGGGCACAAGUGGUUCGCUAGUACCGACUGGAUCGCUGUCUUCCAGAAGAAGAUCGAGGCGCCGUUCAUCCCGCGUUGUAAGGGCCCAGGCGACACCAGCAACUUCGAUGACUAUGAAGAAGAGGCGCUACGUAUCUCGUCAACAGAAAAGUGUGCGAAGGAGUUUGCCGAGUUCUGAGCGCGCACCUGGUGCCUGCGCGCGGAUUCUCCCGUGAGUAGGUUUUUGUAUUAGUGAAUCUUCCGUGACAAUGUCGUGGAAAGGUGAAGAGUGCAUGUCUUUGCUGUGGCUCCGGGUGACCAAAGACGCUGAGCGCGCCCGGGCCCGCACCCCGCACACCCUUGGAGUGUCGGCGCGACGAUCGUAGAACUGAUUUCCGAUAUUUCGGUGGCGUUCAUUUGCUUAGUGCCCUUUCAAGUUGACAUAACAUAGAGCAGAUAGAGGAAGCUAAGUGAUCCUUGUUCUGGUGAUAUUCCCGUCAUGUUACUACCCAAGCACUAUGACCACUCAAUGUCAUUUCAAAUUGUUUACUUUCACUAUGUUGUAGUUUGCUGUUUAUAGUGUUGGGGUGUGGUAAGCUUUAUUUAAUAUUAUAGUAUUUUUAUUGUUUUUAUUAAAUUGAUAAACUUUGUAAAUCAUGUAAUGAAUACUACUGAUCAAAUAUUACUUAUUGCUUUUAAGAUUAAUUAAUUCACAGUCAAACUCAAAUUUAGAAUGUUAUCUAAACAUCACUUAACCAUUGAUUUAGAGCUAUUUCAAACACUAAAUUUUAGUCAAUUUAUUGAAUUUCCUAAAAUACUUAUUUUGAUGGAAUGUUAUACAUAUUACUUAUGUUUUAAUCAUUUUGACAUUUCGUUAUCGGUUUAUAUUUAUAGGUAUAUUGUUGUAUAAGUUGAUUGAUAUUUUAUUUAAGGAACAAUAACUACAUCAAAUUGUUGAAGAGAUUAAUUUAUUGUAUUUGAAUGUAGUUGUGUUCACUCUUGUGCAAUUUGACUUAUGUGUUUGUGAUCUGAUGUAAGGAUUUGUUUGGAUUUAAGUGUAGUUAAUUUGUAUAGUUCCUUAUUUUGUAGCGUAUCAUA